GAUUUUCAGACAAACAGAGCCUUGAGAAGGAAACCCAUCUGUUCAAACAACGGGCUCUCGCAAACUUGAAUCGAACCCCCUAGGGAUGAAUCAGUGAAAAAAAGUAACGAAACUUAUGCUUUUCCUGCAAUCAAUCGGUAUCGAAAUCCUUCUGACGGUGGAUUAGUGUGACGUACAGCUCAAUCUUGGUCUAGAUUCUCCUUGCCGUUUCAAUCGCGUAUGCCGGGAGUAUUACCUUUUUGUCGAAUCAUAAAUCUGGGGAGUUAAAAGAAAACAGUGGAGUGGUUGGAAAUCUGUUAGUUCGGAGUGGAUUUCUGGAAAUAGGUUUUACGAUUUUGGGGAAUUUGAGGAGAAAAGGAUGAGCGGCGGGCAGAAGAAGAGGAAUUUUCAGAUAGAGGCGUUUAAGCACAAAGUGGUUGUGGAUCCCAAGUAUGCAGAGAAGACUUGGAAGGUUCUGGAACAUGCAAUUCAUGAGAUUUACAAUCACAACGCUAGUGGACUCAGCUUUGAAGAGCUAUACAGAAAUGCAUACAACAUGGUAUUGCAUAAAUUUGGGGAGAAGCUUUAUUCGGGGCUUGUGUCAACAAUGACCUUCCAUCUUCAGUCGAUGGCUAGGUGCAUAGAGGCCGCCCACGGGGGGUCAUUCCUAGAAGAGCUUAAUGCUAACUGGAGUGAUCAUAAUAAAGCACUGCAGAUGAUCCGGGACAUACUUAUGUACAUGGACCGAACAUUUAUCCCCAGCACCCACAAAACUCCCGUUCACGAGCUUGGACUAAAUCUUUGGAGGGACAAUGUUAUUCGCUCAGACAAGAUCCGGACGAGGCUUCUGAACACACUUCUUGAGUUGAUACUCAAGGAGCGCGGUGGUGAAGUUAUCAAUAGAGGGUUGAUGAGAAGCAUAAUCAAAAUGCUAAUGGAUUUGGGAUCGUUGGUGUACCAGGAAGAUUUUGAGAAGCCAUUUCUCGACGUUUCAGCUGAUUUCUACAGAGCUGAAUCUCAGGAGUUUAUCGAGUGCUGUGAUUGUGGCGAGUACUUGAAGAAAGCUGAAAAGCGCCUUAAUGAAGAAAUCGAGAGGGUGUCUCACUACUUGGAUGCUAAGAGUGAGGUGAUGAUAACUUAUGUUGUCGAGAAAGAGAUGAUAGCUAGCCACAUGCUUAGGCUCGUACAUAUGGAGAAUUCGGGGUUGGUCAAGAUGCUUCUUGACGAUAAGUUUGAAGACUUGGGAAGGAUGUACAGCUUAUUUCGAAGAGUCCCUAAUGGUCUCUUGACGAUUAGAGAUGUAAUGACGGCUCACAUCAGGGAUACGGGCAAACAGCUCGUUACAGACACUGAGAAAUCGAAAAAUCCGGUGGAGUUUGUCGAUGCCCUGCUCGAGACAAGAGAUAAGUAUGACAAAAUCAUAAGCUCGGCAUUCGGCAACGACAAGACCUUCCAGAACGCCUUGAAUUCUUCUUUCGAGUACUUUAUCAACUUGAAUCCUCGCUCUCCCGAGUUCAUAUCAUUAUUCGUUGACGACAAACUGCGGAAAGGACUUAAGGGAGUGAAAGAAGAGGACAUCGAGACGAUUCUUGAUAAGGUAAUGAUGUUGUUCCGAUACCUCCAAGAGAAAGACGUGUUCGAGAAAUACUACAAACAGCAUUUGGCGAAGCGGCUCUUGUCUGGAAAAACGGUGUCUGAUGACGCAGAGAGAAGCCUAAUCGUGAAACUGAAAACCGAAUGCGGAUAUCAGUUCACUUCCAAGUUAGAAGGAAUGUUUACAGACAUGAAGACCUCUCAAGACACAAUGCAAGGAUUCUACGCAGCCUACGGCGCGGAGCUUUCAAGCGGCCCAACAUUGGUUGUCCAGGUCUUGACAACUGGAUCAUGGCCGACGCAGUCGAACGUUACUUGCAACUUGCCGUCUGAAAUGUUGGCCCUGUGCGAGAAGUUCCGGUCGUACUACCUCGGGACCCACACCGGUCGGAGAUUGUCGUGGCAGACGAAUAUGGGCACAGCUGAUCUGAGAGCAAUGUUCGGGAACGGGCAAAAGUAUGAGCUGAACGUGUCGACUUAUCAGAUGUGUGUCCUAAUGCUGUUCAACAAUUCCGACAAUCUAAACUAUAAGGAGAUUGAGCAGGCCACCGAGAUCCCGUCCGCUGACCUAAAGAGAUGCCUGCAGUCCUUAGCCUGCGUAAAAGGUAAAAACGUGCUGCGGAAAGAACCGAUGAGCAAGGAUAUUGGAGAGGACGACGUGUUUACCAUCAACGACAAGUUUACCAGCAAGCUCCGGAAGGUGAAGAUUGGGACGGUGGUGGCGCAGAAGGAGUCGGAGCCUGAAAAGCAGGAGACGAGGCAGAGGGUGGAGGAGGAUCGGAAGCCCCAGAUCGAGGCAGCCGUGGUGAGAAUUAUGAAGUCGAGGAAGGUUCUUGAUCAUAACAAUAUCAUUGCUGAGGUUACCAAGCAGUUGCAGUCGAGGUUUCUGGCGAAUCCCGGGGAGAUUAAGAAGCGGAUCGAGUCCCUCAUCGAACGAGAUUUUCUGGAAAGGGAUAACUCAGAUAGACGAUUAUACAGAUAUCUGGCUUGAUGGAAACAAAAAAGUGAUGUUACCUGUUUUCUCAGGAUGCUCUUUUUCAGUUGGAAUGUGUAAUUUAUCAUGACUUUUAGAAGACAGCCGAUUUGUUUCCUGCCAAUAUGCAUUUGUUUUCAUUCA